GUGAUACCAUUUAAAGAAACAAGAUCAACUAGUCAUCUUCAAGACUUUCUUCCCUGUCCUCAUGAGAUGUCGGCAACCCUACCCAAAGUCCAUCAUUGCAGUACACUAUGCAUCCAACAGAAAAUGACAUCCUCUUACAAAUCACCUCUUCACUGGAAAACUGAGGCUGCAAUCAAAAACUUCAGUCCCUUCUACAGUCGCCAGUACUCUGUGGCCUUCUGCAAUCAUGUGCGUAGUGAAGUAGAACAACAAAGAGAUUUAACAUCACAAUUUCUGAAGACCAAGCCACCAUUGGAUCCUGGAACCGUUUUGUAUGAAGCAGAACUAUGCCAGUUUGCCGAAGAUAUAAAGAAAUGGAAGGAGAGAUAUGUGGUGGUUAAAAAUGAUUUUGCUGUGGAGAGCUAUGAGAACAAAGAGGCCUAUCAGAGAGGAGCUGCUCCUAAAAGCCGAAUCCUUCCAGCUGGUGGCAAAGUGUUAACCUCCGAAGAGGAAUACAAUCUAUUAUCUGACAGGCAUUUCCCAGACCCUCUUGCAUCCAAUGAGAAGGAGAGCACCCCGCCCUUUGUGGUCCCGCCGAAGGAAUUCCCGGUGUACCUGUGGCAGCCAUUCCUCAGGCACGGCUACUUCUGCUUCCAGGAGGCCACUGAGCAGAAGAAGUUCCACGCUCUCCUGAGCGACUGCAUCCGGCAUCUGAACCAGGAUUACAUGAAGCAGACAACGUUCGAAGCCCAAGCCUUUUUAGAAGCCGUGCAGUUCUUCCGACAGGAGAAAGGUCACUAUGGCUCAUGGGAAAUGAUGACUGGGGAUGAAAUCCAGAUCCUGAGUCACAUGGUGAUGGAGGAGCUGCUGCCAACCCUCCAGGCAGACCUUCUGCCUAAAAUGAAGGGGAAGAAGAAUGACAGGAAGAGGGCCUGGCACGGGCUCCUCGAGGAGGCCUACAACCUGGUUCAGCAGCAAGUUUCAGAGGGAUUAAGUGCCUUGAAGGAGGAAUGCAGAGCUCUGACCAAGGGCCUGGAAGGAACCAUCCGUUCAGACAUGGAUCAGAUCGUCAACUCAAAGAACUUCCUAACUGGGAAGAUCAGAGCGAUGGUGGCCCAGCCCGCGGAGAAAAGCUGUGCGGAGAGCGUGCAGCCAUUCCUGGCGUCCAUUCUGGAGGAGCUCAUGGGACCGGUGAGCUCAGGAUUCAGUGAAGUGCGCUCACUCUUUGAAAAAGAAGUGGAUGAACUUAGCCAGAACUUCCAGACCAGCAAAGACAAUGCCCAGCUGAAGGAGCAUCUGGACCGUCUUAUGAAUCUCCCACUGGAUUCCGUGAAGAUGGAACCUUGUUAUAUCAAAGUCAACCUGCUCCAGGAGCGCUUGCAGGAUCUCAAGAGCCGCUUCAGAUUCCCCCACGUGGAUCUGGUGGUGCAGCGGACACAGAACUACAUGCAAGAGCUCAUGGAGAACGCAGUGUUCACUUUUGAACAAUUGCUUUCCCCGCAUCUCCAAGGAGAGGCCUCUAAAACAGCCAUCGCCAUUGAGAAGGUGAAGCUCCGAGUCUUAAAGCAAUAUGAUUAUGACAGCAGCACCAUCCGGAAGAGGAUAUUUCAAGAGGCACUCGUUCAAAUCACACUUCCCACCGUGCAGAAGGCCCUGGCGUCCACCUGCAAACCAGAACUUCAGAAAUACGAGCAGUUCAUCUUCGCUGAUCACACCAACAUGAUCCAUGUUGAGAAUGUGUACGAGGAGAUUUUACAUCAGAUGCUCCUUGAUGAAACCCUGAAAGUGAUAAAGGAAGCAGCGAUCCUGAAGAAACACAACCUAUUCGAAGACAACAUGGCCUUGCCCAGUGAGAGUGUGUCCAGCUUGACCGACCUGAAGACCCCCGUGGGGUCCAACCAGGCCAGCCCCGCCCGGAGAGCCUCGGCCAUUCUGCUCGGAGUGGCCGAUGGUGAGACCCCCAGUAACGACGUGUUCCCGGAACCAGAGGAAAAGCAGCAGCCUGGGGUCCCUAGUCUGGUGGCCCAAGAAGAAAGCCUUUCUUCCCCAGGUGGGGACGCGCAGGGGGUUCGUUCAGGCACAGGUGACCCUGUCGUGAACCCCGUGGCUGCAGAGGACACAGCAGGAGCCCGGGGCACCCGCUCAUCAGAGCUGGAGUUUGCAGGGACUCCUGCGGACAGAGAAGCCGCCACCCACCAAGAGCCACAACCCCUCUCUGCCUCAUGCUCCUUAAAGGAGCUCAGAAGUUUGUUGACGGUGACCGUCGAGGUACCCAUGGUGUCUGCCACCCUCGAGACUGAAAAAGAUACACAUCCGGAGACCCUUGUUCCCCAAGAAAUUGACAAAGAAGAGGAAACGACCCAAAUCCACACGGAGGCCACUCAAGCAGCUGCCUCCAGUCAGGACGACAGUGAAGAAGGUGGAGUCGGGGAGAGGGAGGCCCAUUCUCCAGCUGCCGAGGUGGAGGCCGAGGCCGGGGCCAGUGGGGUGGAGUCAGGGGGAUGUGCAGAGGCUCAGCCAGCCUGCGGGGGGCUCAGCCAGGGCCCCAGCGGCCCAGGCCCCACAGAGGAGCAGGCGGAGGCUGGGGACCCCACCGGGAGGGACACCCAUGAAGGAGGUAAGGCCGUGCCACAGGAAGGCUGCAUUUUAAACUCUGCCCCCAUGGGCCCCAGGGAGAGCCAGCCCUCUGUGGAAGAAGCGGUGGGAGGGAAAAGUGGCCCAGCCCAGGGUGCUGCCGACGUGGGUGCAGAGGAGGUUAAGGGUCCCCGUGUUUACGAGUGUCAGUGGGUGGUGGAGAAUGCUCCAAACACCGACAUCCUGGGUCCACAGGAAGAGGAUGCGAGGGAGAGUCCCCCAGAGCAGCCCUCGGAGGAGUGAAAGGGACAAUUUGGCAAAAGUAUCUCUAUGAACAAACCCAGCCAAUGGGUUAAUUAUGGGUACACUUAGCGGGUGCAUGGGAUUGUUACAAAAAAGUAAAAAAAAAAAAGUAUUACCUACUUCCUUAAUCUGUAGAAUGAAAUCAGAGGGGAUGCACACAGGCCACCAGCACUGAGGCAAACCCUUGUGGAACUGAGCUGUUCUGCCAUGAAUUCCUGCUUUAGCGUUUUCAUAGGAAUUACAAAGGCAAUGGGGUGUGUGGGGUGAGAGGCAGCUGAGGGUGUCCGGGGGAGGGAGUGGGGGUCGCAUUGAGGACAGAGAACACAGUAGGAGCUUGGUUUUCAAUACACUCUGCAGUGUCUUCUAAUGCACUUUAAGUCUUUUCCAUUCUUUGUAAGAAUACAGAUCUAUGCUGUAAAUCCCACUACACUAUAUGGACUGCUCUGUCUCUUAAGGACUCGGCCUUUGCCCACGGUCAGGCUGCAGGAAAGGGUAGGUGGUGGGCACAGGCACCACCGCUGUGGGCAGCCCCACAGGGCCUGAGAGCUCGGGGAGGCUGGGCAGGAACAGAGGAAGGCAGUGGUCUGUGCAACUGUCUGGGCCUGGUACUAAAUCUGCUCUCAAUGUCUUGUUAAUUGAUUUGUUGAUUCUUAUUCAUUAAUCACCUUUUGAGGAAAUUCAGACAAAAAUUUCCCUGUCAUGUUUAAGCUUUCCAAAUUAGCCUUAAAUUGUGCAGAGAAAGAGCUUAGCUAAAUUAUUGGGCAUAAAGUCUUCCAAUUAAACACAUGUUAUUGAAACAGAUACUCUAUGCCACAUGCUGUGUGUUAGGCAUCAUACGAGAGAGAGAGAGAGAGAGAGAGAGAGAAAGAAAGAAGGAAAGAUAAGGUGCCUUGUUCAGUAUACAUUAAAAGGCCCAAGGAAAUUUACUCUAAGAAAACACCUAUUUUCAAAUGAUAUGUUUUCUGUGUUGGCAUGAAAGCUGCCUGUCUUUCCAUUAAAACAGUCCUGCUUCACUCCCAGAAGGAAAUAAAGUGAGUGCAUGAAAAAAAUGAAUCAGAAAGAAAGAUGGAAAAAAAGGGAGAGAGAGAGAAGAGGGAGAGAGAGAGAGAAAAGCCAAGGUAUAUAUACAUACCAUCAGGUUCCAAAGAUGUUACCAAAAGUAGAAAUCAUUUGUUUAGUCAUUUAGCAAGUUGGGGUCAUUAUGUCCCAGGUGCUGGAGAUCGGUGGUUAUAAGAUCUGGUCCUUUCUCCCAGAACUUACACUGUUAGCGGAAAUAGACACAGACAUCUUCUAAAUCCAUUGUGACCUACAACUGUUAACGUUCAAGGUGGACUGGACCUCCAAAAGAUCGAAUAAAGGAGUGUCCUAUUGUCCUUCAGAAAAUACCAGUUUAUCUCCUAAAAGCUUCAGUCCCGGUACCACAUCUUCAUACUUCCACAGAUUUUGAUAUCAGAUCCCAACAUAUUGCCCUAAGAGCUCGUUUUGAUCAUCAUCAGCUUGUAAGUUUAUAUCAGUUCUUUAGAGGAUUUGCCCCAGAGUUCAACCAUCUAAGCAAGAAUUCCAAUAUCUCCCUCUCCACCUCCUCACGAAGAAUUUCUUGGAUUUCUAGGUCUUUAAGGAUGAAAGAGAAUCAGUAUCAACAUCGUCUCCUAUGAUAACGUUCUUUGAGUGCUUAGACCCUCACGGCUAGAAAGGAUCUCCUUACAGACACAGAAGGUCCCUGGGCCCUGUACCACCCAGCACUCCCUCUUGUCCUUGCAUUUAGCAUGGAAUAUGGAAGUUAUGUCUCUUUUAGGGGCUCUUCUCUUCAAGGACAGAAACUAGGGUUUAGUCAUCCUAUGCGCUUCCUGGUAGAAUAGAAACACUCAGCCUGGACUCCUGGCUCCCUGCCUCCUCAAGUCACAUGAAUAUCCUUAGUGCCUAGCCAGGAACUGGCCUGUGGCAGGCUGCUCAGGACAUGUGAGCACCGACACACACCGCUCCGCUGUGCUGGGGCUUUUUGGCGCUUGCUGUCAGCCAGGGAGACUUUUUCUUUUUUUUAAAUUGGGCUUUCUGCCCUUGGGGAGUCUUCCCUUAAAUCAGGUCCAAAGGGCAGAUGGCCAUCUGGUCAGAUGCCCUGGCCAGCAAGGCAAGGAGCCAAAGGAGCAGCGCCCAGCCCUGCCAGGGACCGCCUUCUCUCCAGGAGAACUGUGGCGAGGGAGGAGGUCCCAGCCCAGGCCACCACCACACAGGGGCUUCCCGGCUUCCUCCCUUUUCUCUCAUCAGGGCUUCUUGAACCCUUGGAAAGCGGAGUCAUUAUUUCCAACCCUAGAGGAGGGUCCACGUCACUGCAUUGGAUGGAUGAGCAUCAGUGCCCUCCCUUACCCGUUCUGUGGGCCCCAGGGGACCGGGCACUGAAUGGGAGGACGCACUCGAGAACACCAUCAAAGGAUUUUUCUGUGCACAUUUCACAAAAGACAAACUCACUAAGCUAUGCAGGAUGACUGUUCCGUUUUUAGAUGGAACAGGAAACUAGAGUGCAUUUGAAGUAUUCCUUAUUCAUCUUAACAUGUUGGAUGGGAUAACUUCAGAUGACCGCGCAUUUGUUGCUUUCGAUACGGACGUCUUUGUAUUGCUCCAGUGGUUUCCGGGUUGGAGCGAGGUGACUGUGAUUUCUCUGAGCAGCAGGCGAGCCUCUCUCUGCAGGCUGCAUUGGGAGUCUCUCCCAGGGGCAGAUCUGUUAGAAAGGCUUCAAAUCUCAAGACACAGUUUUUGGCAAAAAUUCUGUAACUUGAAACUAGUUACGUUACUAUUGACCUUUCACAAAAAAAUAAUAUUUUUCUUAGAAAAAAUUAGCUCAUCAUUUCCUCCUUUGCAGCUUGGAGCUGAGACAGUAGUGCCUUGCAUUAUGGAGAGUAAAUUCU